CCUUUGGCUAUGCUCCACAGCAGUUAAAAGAAGAAGUAGAAGAGUCUCCCUUUGUGGAUAACGGCCAGCGUAGCCAGCGUCUUAGGUCGAAGAAGAAGGAGAAAAUCCCUGCGGCUUCGACCAUCAUCUCUGUACUUCAGCCACUUGAGACAGUCUCUCACUUGUAACCAUCGAAAUAGAAGUACAAUGGGUUUGUCUUCAGCGCUAAUCAUGUACGCUAUGACCACAUUGUUAGCGCUCUCUACGGAAAUAGCGUUCAUGUUCUGUUGGGGCGCCAUCACGGAAAUCGAGAGACGCCCCUACGUGUGGAUUGUCUACGGCAAGAAUGCCUUUGUCCGGCUCGCGGCCUUGUGUGCAGCCGUUGUCGGCUACCUCGCCAUCAUACACGAAAACCUACGGUGGUGGUUCGUCAGCUGUCUUAUCAUCUCUACGAAGGUUAUUGGAAAUGUUCUCUAUGGGAUCGGUUACUACGUCUACGAUACCUACGUCAAGAAAGAAGGAGUUGUCGAUGUGUACAAGCGGGGCAUGUUUCAUCCGCCGCCUCCUAUAAUCCCUCUGAUGAGCAUCCUUUUUUGGACGUGUAUCGAGGGGUUGCUGGCGAUCUACAUGCUGAACCGUUACUAUAGUGAGCUUGGCAAGCCACCUCCUCCACAGCCGCAGAACGCUGCAGCGGAACCAAGUGACCCUGCUAACAACGUUCAAUAGGACAACAAAUUGUCCCUUCAUCCACUCGUCGUUACCAAUAGCUUAUUCAUAUUUGUAAGGAAUACCAUCGGAUAUUUAUUAUAUGGCUAGGUCUUGGUGUCA